AUGGAGACUCAAACGCAGUCUCAUGGCGGAGGGGACCUUUCCCCUCAGCAGCGAUUCUUCCACUACUUCCAGCAAGAAAUCACCGCCCUGCAAGAGGGAAUGGACCGCCUCUCAGAAAAGGCCCCCGUUGGCGGCGAACGGGCAGAUGCCGCGGACCACUGUCUGGCCGGGAUCACGCGACUGUCGAACGAAGUCAAGGAUGCUUCAGGGUACUUACCAGCCUAUGACCAAAGAACAUACGCCGAGGCUAUCAAAGCCUUACAGGAAAGACUCGAGGAGACUCGAAAAGCGUUUGCACCCAAACCGAAAUUUUCUUUCAAAUCCAAGAGUCCUUCGGCCUUAUCCUUGAGCGAUGCUGCAGAAUUAGCCGCCGAGAAACGCCGCGCUGUCCCAGGAGGGCUUCGCUCACCCAACUCGUCUUUCUCAAAUACCCCAGCCUCUACCAACACACCGGCGAACGAGCCCGUUGACACAGCCGAGGAUGGAGAGCCAGCUGCUCUUGAAGAGAUGGCGGCGAGCUUAGCUGCCAAAAAAUCCACCAUCGAUCGAGCCAAAGCAGUCGGCGGCGAGGCAGCCCAUGAGAAAGACUCCCCAUCCCUCUCGACCACCGCGACCUCAAUUUCCAUUACCGACCAGUCGAACACCCAUAUCAUCCUCCCCUCUUCAGCGCUCCACUCUCAAGCCCCUUGCACUUUACAAAAGAUCACAGGUAGUAUUGUCGAUCUUUCCGUCCCGACGACAGAGACGGCUCCAUUCGCGAGCCUUACCAUCAAUGUCGUCUCUUCAUCAUUACUGCUCUGCGGCUCGGUUUCAGGCCCGGCACACAUCACGAAAGCGAGGAACAGCGUGCUGGUGAUUAAGUGUCGCCAGUUGCGCAUGCACGAAUGUGAAAACGUUGACGUUUAUCUCUACUGCUCGAGUAGGCCUAUCAUUGAAGACUGCAAGAACAUUCGCUUCACCGAGCUUCCCAAAUUCCAUUCCGAACUCAUCUGGUCAGGGCAAGGAGCCGUACCGGGACCGGACCCCGCACCUAACCAAUGGAACCAGGUCGACGACUUCAAAUGGCUGAAGCCGGAACCGAGCCCGCACUGGUCCAUUCUGCCUACCGAAGAUCGCAUUCCAGACGAGACCUGGCGCGAAGUCGUCCCCGGAGGACCUGGCUGGAGUGUUAAAGAUAUCCUGAAAUCCGUGGGCUUGAGUGCUCCCGGAAGGAACUGA